AUCUGAGAGGUCUUUUGUGGGUAGACGACAAGAAGAAGAAUGGAGUCGACUAUGUUGUUGUGUGGCAAUUUCAGGAAGGCCAGUUUUUAGGCUUUUGCACGAAUGGGGAUUUCCAUUACCGCGAUAUUCCAAUACGGAACAGGGUCCAUGUUCCCAGGGAGUUCCGAGGCCUACAAGAUGUGGUGCUCAAAGGUCACCGUCUUUACUACCUGUCGCACCGUUGCUACAUUCGACAACUGGAUUUGUCUGGACAAGGUGGUUUCAAGGAUGUGUAUCCGCUCCCUAGCUUUCAAAUGUGGAAGCCAUCUAGGCGGCCUAGUGGUGAUUUGGGAAUAACGGGAGUAAAAAAGCUUAUCUCAUCUGGCGAUAGCAUUGCUGUUACAACAUCAGGACACGUUUUGUUGGUCUAUACCAGGGCUUACGAGCCUGUCUGUGAAAGCUCUAGGAUCUUCCGCGUCUUCAAGAGUGAUCCUAAGGACCGGAACUCCACCCUUGUUGAGGUUGAAUCUCUAGGUGAUGAGGCCCUGUUUUUCGAUUUGGGUAUCACCGUGCCUGCUGACCCUACCCUUGGUAUUGAGCCAAACUCCAUCUAUUUCACCCGUAAUGACCGUUUCGGUCCCGGGGGUUGGUAUAUUCCAUGCCUCGACAUAUGUGUGUACAAUAUUGCAACAAGGACCAUCAAACGCUUCCUCAGUGGCUCCACCUUAAAACUCAAGGAUGCGCAGUGGUUUCUCCCCUCAGCUUGAUUUGGUGUUUUCAAGAGUUUCUCUUGCGCGGUCAUUUUCCUGUGUUCAAUCCUUUUCUUUUCAUGUAUAAUAUUUGAUAUUACUAAGUGUUUCUUUUCAUGUCGAA